AUACCCCGGCGUCCACAGCAUGCGCUACUCUUUGUAGCCAGUCGUUAGCCUAGCAGCAGGCUAGUUUUAUAUUUGCAACCGCUGGGAUGGAGAGCGGUGAGGGAAUGGAGGUUGACGGCUGGGACCCCAGUUUGGAGGACGAGUUGGGAGUUUCGCUGGACGACCUGAAGAAAUGGAUUGAAGAGGCUGUGGAGCAGAGUGAGGCUGUGCAGAAGAAAAAAGCGCAGCUGAUAGAGCUCGAGGAAUGGGUGGAGCAGAAAGAGAAAGAGGAGGAGAAGACAGAGAAACUUCUCAUCGACGCAAACCAGUCCAUAUUGGAGUGCGAGAAGCUGGUGAAGGCAGCGUAUCGAACCAACGGCCUGGUCUAUCGGGAGAGCAGCUCGGAGGAUGAGGGAGGCGGAGGACGGGGGCUGCCCUGCGAAGUCAUCGAGAUAGAUGACGACGAAGACGACGACGUCAUAGCGGUGGGCUGCCUGGUUCCUCCGUCGAAGACACUGACGCCAGCUAAAGACCCAGCGUUAAAAGAAGCGUCUGCAGUUCUGCAGAAAACCACCCAGCAGGUCCAGAAGUUGGUCCAAAUAGUCACCAAGCCCUCCGCCGGUUCUCCUUUGAUACGGACAGCAGUGCAGUCUGCAGCUCAGCCAGGCGUUCAGAGCUCCACACCAGCAAUAUUCGUAUCACAGGCUCCGUCUCAGAUGACGCAGCCGAACCCCAACAUAAAAGAAGACGAGCUCAAAGUCGGGAUGAACAUCCUGGGAAAGAAACGCACCAAGACGUGGCACAAAGGCUCCCUGGUUGCAAUUAAUCCUGUUGGAAAUGGUGUAUUUAAGUAUAAGGUGAGGUUUGAUAAAGGCAAGAGCCUGCUGUCUGGGAAUCAUGUGGCCUUUGACUACAACCCCACCCUGGAGAGCCUGUACGUCGGGGCUCGUGUAGUCGCUAAGUACAAAGACGGCAACUUGGUCUGGCUGUAUGCUGGGAUCGUAGCAGAGAUGCCUAACAACAAGAACCGCAUGAGGUUUCUGAUCUUCUUCGACGAUGGCUACGCUUCAUAUGUCAUCCUUCCUGAACUGUACCCAGUUUGCAGACCAUUAAAACGCACUUGGGAAGACAUAGAGGAUGCGUCUUGUCGGGACUUCAUCGAGGAGUACAUCUCCGCCUACCCCAGCAGGCCGAUGGUGCUCCUAAAGGUCGGCCAGAUAAUCAAGACGGAGUGGGAGGGGACCUGGUGGAAGAGCAAAGUGGAAGAGGUGGACAGCAGCUUAGUCAAGAUUCUCUUCCUGGAUGAUAAGAGGAGCGAGUGGAUUUAUAGAGGAUCCACCAGGCUGGAGCCCAUGUUCAACCUGAAACUGGCUUCUGCAAACACCCACGAGAAGAAGCUCGCUGGCCACCAGAGGACGAGACCAAACAUGGGGGCAUUAAGGAGCAAAGGCCCAGUAGUCCAGUACACUGGCGUCGAACAUGUCGGAACUGCUCCUGCCAAGCCGCUUCCAAGUCAGCCUCAAGCGACCAGCCAGCCUCAAGCGACAACGUUAAUUCAGCAGCUUCAGCAACGUCCACAGCCCCAGCCCAUCCAACAGGUCCAGCAAGUCCAGCAAUCCCAGCAGCCACAGCAACCACAGCAACCACAGCAGCCACAGACCCAACAAACCCCUCAGCCCUCACAAGCUUCCCAGCUUCAACGUGUUGAAAAUAAACAUCAGAUGGCAAAGAAGAGCACCUCUUCUUUCAUCCCUGGUGUGGGAGGGACACAUGCCUCCAAGAUCUUGCAGGCUGCAUCCGCCAACAGCAGCAACAUCACAAUUGGGAAAGUGUUGAGCAUCCAGAGUACCCCCACCUCCUCCUUCACGCCUUCCUACCAGAGACAGACGCCUUCUCUAGUUUCUCCUCCUGCCAUGGUUACGCACGCGAUGGCCACCAUCCCUCAGCAGCCCUCCUACCGAGCGCCCACAGACCGAAUCUUCUACCUGGCACACACCUGUCAGCCCGCCUGUCUGAACCGUGUUCGACCAUCAAAAUCAGACCUGCACAGAGGAAAGAACCCCCUCCUCACCCCGCUGCUGUACGAUUUCAGACGCAUGACGGGACGGCGCAAAGUCAACCGCAAGAUGUCUUUCCACGUCAUCUACAAGGCUCCGUGUGGACUCUGCCUGCGAAACAUGGGGGAGAUCCAGAACUACCUCUUCCAGACCCUCUGUGACUUUAUAUUCUUGGAGAUGUUCUGUCUCGACCCGUAUGUGCUGGUGGACCGGCCGUUCCAGCCGCAAAGGCCCUUCUAUUACAUUCCAGACAUCACUAGUGGAAAGGAGGACAUCCCUCUGUCCUGCGUCAACGAGAUCGAUACUACUCCACCGCCUAAUGUAAAAUACAGUAAGGAGCGCAUCCCUGAAGAUGGAGUAUUUAUUAACACCAGCUCAGACUUCCUGGUCGGCUGUGAGUGUACAGACGGCUGUCGAGACAAAUCCAAAUGCUCCUGCCACCAGCUGACCCUCCAGGCUUCCGGGUGCACCCCUGGCGCACAGAUCAACCAAAACGCAGGAUAUUCCUUCAAGCGAUUAGACGAGUGCCUGCCCACAGGGAUCUACGAGUGUAACAAAAGGUGCAAAUGUUGUGCUCAGAUGUGCACGAACCGGCUGGUGCAGCACGGCCUGCAGGUCCGUCUGCAGCUCUUUAAGACCCAGAACAAAGGCUGGGGGAUUCGCUGUCUGGAUGAUAUCGCUAAGGGCUCAUUUGUCUGCAUUUAUGCUGGUAAAAUCCUGACAGAUGACUUUGCAGACAAAGAAGGUCUAGAGAUGGGCGACGAGUAUUUCGCUAACCUGGACCACAUCGAGAGCGUGGAGAACUUCAAGGAGGGCUACGAGAGCGAGGCUCACUGCUCAGACAGCGAGGGGAGCGGCGUGGACGUGUCCAGAAUGAAAAUCCAGCCGUCCGCUUUAGUCUCGGCCGGCGCCGCGAGAAAGAAAGCUCAGAGCUCCAGCUCAUCAGAUGACACCAACAACGAAGAGGAGAAAGAUUCAAAGAGCGAAGACGAAAGCGACAGCUCAGACGACACAUUUGUGAAGGACAACUACUACACCCCCGGCUCUGUGUGGAGGAGUUACACUACGCGGGGUCAGGUUAAGGGCAACAAAGAAGGGAGUCAGGACAGUAAGGAUGGAUUGAGCGUCUCAGCCAAAGGACAAGAAGAGGAAAAACCUCCCUCAAUGCCAGAGGAGACGGGGAAAAGCAAAGUGGCCUCCUGGUUAACAAGCCAGGGCCUGAAGAAGGAAGCUGGAGACAACAAGAGUCAGAUAAAGACCGACCUCGUAAAGAAACAGGAAGUCAUGACUCUCUCCGACAGCGACGAUGUUCAGACCAUUAGCUCUGGAUCUGAAGACAACAGAGAGAGGGAAAAAGCCACUCCAGCUUCUGUAUCUGGUGUGACCAAGAAGCAGGUGGCGGUGAAAUCCACGCGAGGCAUCGCCCUGAAGAACAGCCACAGUCUGAUGGUGAAAACGGGUCCGUCCGGAGGAGGGGUCGGGCCCAGCGGUCAGGGGGGCAAACCCGGACAGCAGGGCAAGUCUGGGGGAGGGGGGGAGAACGCCCCCAAAAACACCCGCCUGUUCUUCGACGGCGAAGAGUCCUGCUACAUCAUCGACGCCAAGUUGGAGGGAAAUCUUGGACGUUACCUCAACCACAGCUGCAGUCCCAACCUUUUCGUCCAGAACGUGUUUGUGGACACACAUGACUUGAGAUUCCCCUGGGUGGCCUUCUUUGCCAGCAAGCGCAUCCGGGCCGGCACAGAACUGACCUGGGAUUAUAACUACGAGGUUGGGAGCGUGGAAGGCAAAGAGCUGCUGUGCUGCUGCGGAUCCACGGAGUGCCGAGGACGGCUGCUGUGAUCAACCCCGACCUCUUCUACCCCUGUAGUAAAACCCGACAACUGCAACACUGUACCUGGUUAUUUAGUUGUUUUUUUUAAGUUCAGUUAAUUUUAUUACAUCUAAUUAUGUUGAUGUGCUUUUUUUUUUUUUUUUUUUACCAGCAUGUUUCUCAAAGCAUCUCAUGUCCAUGUAAUGUUUUCUUUACCUCUGAAUAAAAGUUUCUUCAGUGC